AUGGACUCCCGCCAUCAGCAGCAGUCAGAACAUUACAAGAUCUAUGUCAAGAUGACGAAAACGCUGGCACUUGACGUGAACUCCACUGAUACUGUUGAUCAGAUCAAAUCUAAGAUUGGUUCCAUUGAGGGGAUUGACAAAAGCCAGCAAGCCCUCUUUUUUGCUGGAAAUCAUCUGGAGAAUGACAACAGAAUUGCCGAUUACGACAUCACGACAAACUCUUGUGUUGACCUUUAUGUAACUGAUGGGAUGCAAAUCUCUGUCAGUAUCCCCUCUGUUGGGAAGACCAUCAAGCUCAAUGUGACAAAUUCCCAGAGUGUUGCUGAUGUCAAGGCAGUGAUCGAACAGAAGGGUGGAGUUCCUCUGGGUGAACAAAUCCUGAUGUGUGCAGGUCGACAACUUGAGGACCACCAAAUGUUGAGUCAGUGUGGUUUGAGCAAUGGCCAGGCACUUCAUGUUCUUGUUUGCCCAACUGGCAAUCUGCGAGUGCUUGUUGAUAUUGGAGGUAGAAAAACUAUAAAUCUUGAUGUCAAAUGCUGGUACACUGUUGCUGAUGUCAAGCUGCUGAUUGAGACUUUGGAGGGGUCACCUGCAUGCACACAGGUACUUAGCACUGAAAUUGGUGGUGAUACUAUAGUGCUUAAAGACACUGACACGCUCCACAGUCAGCAUGUCAAAAACAACGACAUCCUCACAUUACAUAUGGAUCGAACUGUCCAGUUCUUCGUCAGGACAUUGGAAGGGAAGACAUUAACUAUGAUGCAGAACUUGUCUGACACGACAAAGGAUAUCAUGAAGAAAAUUGAAGAAAGGCUGCCGAUUAAGCCUGGUAUCUACCGUUUAUGUUACAGGGGGCAUGCUAUGUCUCUUGAGGAUCCUCUUCUGAAGUAUAAGGUCGAGAGCGAUACCACUAUCCAUAUCUGUCUCAUUGGAGAAGUGAAAGGAAAGCAAAAGGGGUGA